AAAUCAAGAUUCUCCCUCAUGGCUUCUGAUCCCUCCAACAGCAGCUCCUCCUCCUUCAUCCUGGUGGGUGUCCCUGGCCUGGAAGCUUUCCCCACCUGCCUGGGUGUCCUUUUCUGCUCGGCCUAUGUCAUGGCCCUGGUGGGAAACGGGGCGGUGUUGCUGGUCACUGGGCUGGACAAGUCCCUGCCUGCCCCCUGCCACGGGCUCCUGGCCAUGCUGGCGGCCGUCGACGUGCUCAUGGUGAGGGCCGUGGUCCCCAGGCUGCUGAGCGUGCUGUGGCUGAGCUCUGCCUGGAUCGGCUCCGCGGCCUGCUUCGGCCAGAUGUUCCUCGUCCACUCCGCCACGUCGGCGGAGUCGGGAUUGCUCCUGGCCAUGGCCCUCGACCGCUACGUGGCCAUCUGCCACCCUGUGGCCCAGAUGGGCCUGGCCAUCGUGCUCAGGGCUCUCCUCUUCGUGGUGCCCCUGACGGGGCUGGUGACGUCCCCGCCCUGCUGCGGCCCGCGCGCGGUGCCCCACUCGUACCGCGAGCACCAGGCCGUGGCUGGGCCGGCCUGCGCCGACCCCGCGCCCGCCGGGCUCUACAGCAUGGCCGCCUCCUCCCUCACGGCGGGCGCGGACGGGGCCUGCAUCGGGGCCUGCAUCGCCGCGUCCUGCGGCCGCAUCCUGCGGGCCGUGCCGGGGCAUGGGGCACACCGCAGGGCCCUGAGCACGUGCGGGUGCCACCUGUGCGUGGUGCUGCUCUUCUACCUGCCCGGCAUCGUCUCCGUCUACGCCCAGCACUUGGGCAGUGCCGUGCCCACGCCCGCGCGGGUCCUGCUGGCAGACCUGGCCCUGGCCCUGCCCGCCACACUCAACCCCCUCGUUCAUGGCAUAAAGGUGAAGCAGAUCCAGGAGGGGACCCUCAGACUGCUGGGGCAGCUGGCAGGACUCAGGCUCAUGAGCUGCUAAAGGCAGGGCAGAGGCUGAGGGAGGGAGGCACGGCCACAAAAAGAGUUCUCCCAUCCCAGAAUAGGUGUGAAGCUGAGUCCAAGGAGUUAUCCCCCAGAAAGGUCCAUCUCUGCUCUCUCUGCAGUGACUGGAAAGGGAAGCUAGACCUUCUGUGUCUAGCUGGUGACAUGGCAACAGCUCAUGGACAGGAAACCAAGGGGCCAGGGCAGAUGGUGCUGGGCAACUGUCCCUUUGGCCAGUGCACUCCUCUCUUCCAACACACCACUUGGAAAUCACAGAACCACAGACUUGUUUGGGCU